UAGCCAACCAUCGUCAAUUCCAACGGUUGCUAAAAUCCAGGAGCGAGCAUGGGGCUCCGUCCGUGGCCUCCGAGUGCCCCCCUCGUGACCACGACCCCGGCGGCACCCGUGACGGGGGCGGCGUUUUGAAAAAGUUUCAUUAAAAAACUAUUUGCCGUACAACGAGAUCAGCCUUGUCCAUUAAAUAAUAAAACUAAAACUAAUCCGGUCCCUCUCCGUCUUCCGUCGUCUUCCUCCUCGUGAAUUUCCUUUCCACUUGCUUCCCGUUUUACCCCGCGUAAUCUGCCGUAAUGGCCUAAAUCAACCCGGAUCUCAUUCCUAAUAAUCUCCCAUACUCUUUCUUCCGAUGGAUUAUCUCACAGAUUUAGAGAAGAAGAAGAGAGACAGGGGAGCAGCAGUCGACAGGCAUCGGUUCUUUGAUCUGGUUUUCUUAUGAGGAACAGGGCCCGUUCUUCUGGUGCUUGGAUUUUGCCAUCUCACAGAAAGAUGAAAGCAAGGAAGAUAUUUGGAUUCUCUUUAUCUCUUAUUCUCAUCAAUUUGGCUUCUAUAAUGGAGCGUGCUGAUGAGAAUCUCCUUCCGGCUGUUUACAAAGAAGUCAGUGAAGCCUUCAAUGCUGGACCUACCGAUCUCGGAUACCUUACAUUCGCACGGAACUUUGUGCAGGCAUUAUCGUCUCCCAUGGCAGGUGUACUAGCACUUCACUAUGACCGUCCUGCAGUUCUCGCAAUGGGCACUGCAUGCUGGGCCCUAUCAACAGCUGCAGUUGGUGCUAGUCAGCAUUUUGGGCAGGUUGCUAUAUGGAGAGCAAUCAAUGGUUUUGGGCUGGCUAUUGUGAUCCCUGCACUCCAGUCUUUUAUUGCUGAUAGUUAUAUAGCUGGUCUGCGCGGUACUGGAUUUGGACUGUUGAGCCUUGUUGGUUCUAUAGGGGGCAUAGGAGGCGGUGUCUUGGCAACAGUCAUGGCUGGGCGAGAAUUUUGGGGAUUGCCAGGAUGGCGUUGUGCCUUCAUCAUCAUGGCAUCACUGAGUUUGCUGAUUGGUUGUCUUGUUUACAUGCUUGUCAUUGAUCCUAGAAGAACCACUCUAAUCACUCAUGGUGCUGAUGAGGACUCUGAAAGGACCUCUCUGGUUAGUAAAGGUCGUGUUCCUCCACCUUCUGUCUGGAGUGGUUCCUGGGUAGCAAUGAGAUCUGUAAUGAAAGUGCAAACAUUUCAGAUCAUUGUCUUGCAGGGCAUUGUCGGCUCCCUGCCAUGGACAUCCAUGGUUUUCUUCACAAUGUGGUUUCAACUGAUAGGUUUUGAUCAUAAUAGCUCAGCUGCCUUGAACAGUCUUUUUGCCAUUGGAUGUGCUACGGGCUCCCUCAUGGGUGGACUAAUAGCAGACAAGCUAUCAAAAUUUUAUCCAGACACUGGCCGUAUCAUGUGCGCUCAGUUCAGUGCCUUCAUGGGCAUCCCCUUCUCAUGGAUCCUGCUCGCGGUCAUCCCUCAGUCUGUAAACAGUUGGAAUGCCUUUGCUGUCACCCUCUUCCUCAUGGGCCUCACUAUCAGCUGGUGUGCUACUUGUGCUAAUAACCCAAUGUUUGCCGAGGUUGUUCCUUUGAAGCAUCGUACCAUGAUAUAUGCUUUCGAUCGUGCGUUUGAAGGUUCAUUCUCUUCAUUUGCAGCACCUGCAGUUGGAUAUCUUACCGAGAAGAUCUAUGGUUAUGAUUCGAAGUCUCUGAGUUUAGUAAAUGGAUCUGCUCAAGGGGCAUAUGCACUCUCGAGGGGACUAUUAACAAUGACAGUCAUUCCUUUCAGCUUAUGUUGUUUGUUUUACAGCCCACUUUAUGCUAUAUUUAAGCGUGACCGUGAUAAUGCUAGGAUGGCCAGUUCAAAAGAGCUAGUGCUAACGUGAGAAAGACCUUAUUGUAGUUGCAGGCAGCGGCAACUCCAUUCCUACAGGAAGUGAUCAGACAGAUUGCUAUCAAGUACAUGGGGGUGUCUUUUGAGACUCAGGACCUCUGAGCUGAUGAUAACCGCUGUGGGCGUCUCAGUUAAAUUCAACAUGAAAGGCCACGCGUUUUUGCAGGCUGAUCUCACUAAUAAGAAUGAACUCAAACACAGAUCAUGUAUGAAUUCUUGUGCUCCAAUCCUCACGUUCUUAGCCUCUGUCAGUCUUGCUACAAAAUUGUGCUGCCUCAGCAUGCACGAUGCUCAUUCUCUGAACAUGUAGAGCCCAAAAUAGGUGUAAUUUGGUUGUGUAUCUCUAUUUGAAACUAACGAUUCUUAAUGAGCUUUUGUUACAAGCUAUUGAUUUUUCUUCAUUACUGGUUAGCUUCUGCUGACGUUCCUUUCUUGGACCUCUAUAAAUUUCAGAGAAUGAGCAUAAUUUGCUUGAA